AUGACUACCAUAGAAGAAAUUAAAGAUAAUGCAAAAGGUGAUUAUGUAGAGGUUAAACAGAGGUUGGUGAAAUGGGAGAAUAAGAAUGUAAAAAGGUUAAAGAAAUUGAAGAAAGAAAUAGUGGAAGAUUAUACUAGUAAAAAGGAUGAGUUAAAAGAAGAAAGGAAGAAGUUAAAAAAGGAAAAAGAGGAAAGGUGGGUAGUGUUUAAAAGAUGGGAUAAGUUAUUACAUGGUGAAUUUGUUAAAGAGACAGAAAAGAGCAGACUUUUGCAAGAGAUUCAUAGUAUCCUUUUUAAGAAAACUCAAGAAUCAGAGAAUGGUAAAGUUAGAUUUAUUUUUAAAGAUGCUGUCUAUCUGAAUGUCACAUAUAGCAAUAGUUUAGCAGCUAAAGAAUUAAAUGAAAGAAUUAGUAAAGAAGCCUCAAUGGCAAUUAGAAUUUUGUAUAACUACUUUAUACAUAGAAAUAAGAAUAUGGGUUACUAUGAAUUUAUAGAUCUCAUUAAUGAAAAAAAUGCAAAAUAUUUAAGUUUAUCGCAUAUUUUAUAUAUUACCCACAAAGACAAGGUUAAUAGAAGUGAAGAUGAUCAGAAGUUAGCAAUUGUUAUUGGUAUAGAUAAGGUCAAUAAACUAAAUAAUACAAGUAACAUUGCAUUUCAUUCUCUUAUAAAUAGUAUUGGCUCAUAUAGUUGUCAAUCAGAAAGAGUAUUUUUUAUUUCAAUUUUAGUUGAGAUAAUUGUAAGUCUACUUCAAUUAAUAUUUACUAAAUUAAUGCAUCAAGCACUUUACUUACCACUACAUUUAUUAGGUGAUUCUGAUAUAUUAAAGAUAGCAUAUGAUAUUGAAUUUGAUGAUAAAUAUAUUUAUAAUAAUAAUCUUUUCAGACGUAUUAUUAUUAAUAUAGGUGAUCAGACAAAGUGGAGAAAUAUGAAAUCUAAUAAUCCUCAAAAAAUUGGUGAUAAGAUAAUCAAAGAAGAAUCUAAAAAAGUUAAAAAAAUUGCAGAAAAGAUUGAGAAUUUGCAACCAGAAUGUGUAAUUGUUAAUAAAGAUAAUUUAGCAAAAUUCUAUAGAAAUGUGUAUUCAUCUCAUGCUCAAUUUGCUGCAAAAUUGAAAGUUUUAGAUAGUGUAGGAGAAAUAAUAGCAAAUGAAAUUUCAAAUGAGCAGAAAAAAAGAAAAUUUGAUGAUGUUAAUGAUCUAUGUAAACAUAUUAAAAAAUUUUCAAAAUUAUCUUUGAAUUGUAUAAA